CAAAAACAGAUACGUAACAAAAUAAAACAUUUAAAAUUUUAUACACCUCUAAUCUAUUAAAAAUUAUUACAAAUACCAUUUCUUUCCUUUAAUUCUAUCGACACAGUAUUUAAAAAUGGACGAAAUGGAAAAUGAACUGGAAAGAAAUAGAUCUAAGGAUCGGAGUCCAUCACCUGGGGUAAAGUCUACAGCUGUAGUCAAGUACACAGCAUUCCAAAGUCCUGUUGGAUAUGCUCGAUUACAAUGUAACACAGAUCUAAAUCUGCCCCCAUCUAAUUGGGGUGCAGCUAUCGAUUCUUAUGGUCUAAAACAGAUAUUAACUGAAAGCACAGGGUUAUCCAGUUUUCGUAUGGCACAUAUGUUUCCGGACUCUGUUGGAGAGGUGGAUGUCAUAUCAGGUGCUGAGUGUAUAAAGAAGCUUCUGAAAUUACCAUAUCAUUCAAACGCCACGGUAAGCAUGAUGGUCCACCGCGUUGAGAACACCCUGUUAUUGGACGACUUUGAUGUAUAUGACUAUCUGAGGAAGACAGAAUGGUCCUGGCUAAAGGACUUUUUCUACGAGAACAUAUUAAAGACAAUGUCUGAACAGGAGCGCAUGAAGCUGUCACUGGCUCCAGGUCCCAGUUCAGCACUCCAACUGACACACAAGUUCCUGUCGCAUAGUGUCACGGAGCCCGUUCCUCCUGCAUCUUCCACACCCGCCGCAUUGCCCGUGCCCGUGUGUAUCGCUGGGCCAUUUUUACCUGAACCAGAGACUAAGCAUGAAGAACCACCGACCGAGCACCUUUAUAAUAGAAACGUACUUUGGACCUUUGAAGACAUUCAUAUGCUCAUUGGGAGCGAUCUACCUAUCUUUGGAGACAAGGACCGACCCUGCGUCAGUCUACGUUUAAGGGACGCGAGAGAACCAAUAAAUGUUCUGACUGGUAUCGACUAUUGGCUCGAUAACUUGAUGUGCAACGUCCCGGAGGUCCUAAUGUGUUACCAUCUCGACGGAAUAGUUCAGAAAUACGAGCCCAUGAAGACGGAGGAUUUGCCUACUAUGGAAAAUUCUAGAUUCUCACCCAAAGUGAUUAGAAAUGUUGCACAGAAUAUACUUUCGUUUUUAAAAGCUAAUGUUACGAAAGCAGGACACACAUAUUGGUUAUUUAAAGGCCCACAUGAUGACAUAGUGAAAUUGUAUGAUCUGUCGUCUUUAUGUCCUGAUAGUUUGGACAAUUCGUUUACAACCCCAGUUGCUAUGUUGCUGUAUAGGGUAGCAAGGAAUAUGAGGUUAAUGAAUAGAACUAGACAUGUGAAGCAGUUGUUGGAACAUGUUAUUGAGUUGUUGAAGAUGGAAAGACACCCGCAGAUCGUGGCAUCAUCCCAUUAUAUGUUAUCUGACCUGUAUGUGCCAGCAACAACAAACCCAGCAUGUCCAGACUUUAAAGAUGAGAGUUCAGACUCCGAUGAAGAAUCCGAUUACAAAUGCGAAUUUGCUCAAGAAGUAUCAAGUGAGCAUGAAGAAACUACCUCAGAUCAAUAUACAACUGAAUUUGCCUACAAAAGCGAUAAUGGAGCAUCUGACAAACCAUCUGCAAGCAAAGGAACCAGACCUCGUAAAAGAUUUUCAGAUGGUGGAAGGGAAGCAAAGGAAAGUUCCGAGAAAGAUAGCGAGAGUGAGGCUGACAGCAAAAUUCUUGCGGUUCAGAUUCGUGGACUAGCUCUAAGAGACAUCGGGGAUCGAGUUAGGCAUGACAUGGGUGGGAGCAGACGGCGACGAGCGCGGGGGCGCGGGGAGAGGUCCGGCGAGCAGUCCUCCGCAACAGAAGACGUGCCGGCUCGCUGCGGACACGCCCUCGACCACGCGCUGCGGGGGCUACUAGCUCUACACAGUGUCACCAUACACAACAACAAGGAAGAAGAACGCGAAAGAUUGAGACAGCAAAUAAUAGUUGAAGAACAGCACCCUAAAAUGGCGAACCCAUACGAGCCUAUCAAAAUGGAAUACGAGACUAUAAAUAAGGAGAAAGAAACCAAAGAACAUACAUCUAGAAGCCGGCGAAGAAGGCGAGAAAGGAAAACCACUGACAAAUCCGAAAAUUGCCUUAUAGAGACCACAUCGAACAUAGACAAGAAUGCUAUAUUGAUUCGCAAAGAUAAGAAUACGUACCCAACAUGGCAAGAGCCGAAUAGAGAUGAUAAUUUCGCUUGGAAAUUGCACUUGAAAACGUUGUUAUAUGAAAAGAUAUGUUUGGCUUACGCGACAUUAGCUGAAUAUAGUUAUUCUAAUGGGCAAUAUGGUUUCUCUUUAAAAUACAUAGAUAUGGCGAGCAAAUGUCAGAAAUUAUUAAGUAAUAUGAUUAUAAAAAGUAGAGUAGUUGAUCCUGGAUGUCUUAUAGGACGAAUUGGGGAUAACUUUUUCCAGAUAAGCAAACAUUGGCACAGAUUGGAACAGUAUAAGAAGCAGUUUGAGACUUACCAUGAUAUAGACAGUAAGUUGAGACUGGAGAUAGAGAAUGAUAUGGCAGAAGAGGUAGAUGGUGUUGCGGGUGACGAAUUUGAUCUUGACAUAUCCCUGCCUAGCGGCGAGACGGACUCGAUGUUGCGGUCGUGUGCGUACUACCGGCGGGCCGCGGCCGCCGCCUGCGACAAGCGCGGCGAGCUGCUGCGGCGACUCGCCUCCGUCAACAACGAGCUGGCCGUCCGCUACAUGAACGACGCGCAACAGAUCUACCUACAAUACACAGAGGAGGAUGAUCAAAACUCAGAUAAGGCAAAAGUUCUAAUGAAACAGUUCUCAACACUGUCUCAGCAUUCUUGCGAAUGCCUGGAGGAGGCGACCGGAAUAUUCCAACAAGUGAAUGAUGUACCAAACCUCGCGCUACUCUACUGCAACAAGGGACGGUAUAUGAGGUUUAAGGCGUAUUGUGACCAAGGGGGCUUUGGACCAGAAAAACGUAGUCUGUAUAAUAAAGCUGAGGAAUUGUAUACAACUGCCAUAAAAUUGUUGGGACCGCGAGAGACGUGCGGCGCCGCGUCCAUCUGGGAUCUGGUGGCCUGGGAGCUCUCCUGCCAUCUCUACACCAAGGCGGUACUGAUGCAGGACUGUACUGUCGGCGUACCCCCCACCCCGUCGGAGGUGGCGGAUGCGCUGAAGCAAGCACUGAAGCAGUGCGUAGUGGGCGGCGGACCGCGACAACAUCUCUACCAGUUUCGGGCGGCACUUUUGCAUCAUCGCCUGGCUUCGCUACAUCAUGCACAAUACAGGAUAACGCAGGAAGACGGUCCCAAGCGACGCACUCUACUGAAUGCAACACGCACCAACUACGAACUCGCGGCAAAUAUGUUCGCAAGUCUGGAGGACGCGAGUAUGUUCCUCACAGUACAGAUGGAGCAUGUCGCCGUGCUAGAGACGCAAGCCGCAUUAUCACCAAAUGUAAAAUUGAAGUCUCUUCAAACUGCCAUCCAACUACUACGUCAAUCCCACUCUAUCAUGAAGCUGAUGAAAGAUAGAGAUCCAGAAGAACAGAAAGAUGCAAAACCAGAAGACGGCGACGAGAAAAACGUCAAAAGCGAAAAUGGCCUGCUAACACUGUAUGAGGCUAGAUUACAUUUUAUAUUAAAAAGUAUCAUACAAUAUUGUAGGUCUAAGUCUAAUAAAGAUUACGAGAAAAUGACGGACAUGUACAAGAAAUUGUAUUGUUGUAGUCUUAAAAUAAAAAAGGAUAAAGAUAUCCGUUUAUAUGCAGCUAGUCUAUGUGAUGUAUUGACAGCUAUGGAUGAUAUAAGUAAAGAAUUCGAGUAAGGAUUACUAAAUAUUAGACCUGUACACAGCAUUCUAACAAAACUAAGCAACACAUUCACAUGUAUACCUUGCUUUUGUUUAUAUUAUUCGUAUGGUAUGAUAAUGACAUGUACAGGCGUAUAUGAAACAAACUUGUUUCAUACAUGUCUAAAGUAUAAUACAU